AUGGAAGAACCUGUGUCUGAAAUUUAUGUGAAGAAUUGCACAAUAUACGACACUGACAAUGGAGUGAGAAUUAAGACUUGGCCCGCAUUGCAUGGCGGCAGUGUGUCGAAUAUCCAUUUCGAGCAUAUCGUCAUGCAAACCGUCAGCAAUCCCAUCAUUAUAGAUCAAAUGUACUGCGCGCAUAACCUAUGCAAUCGCAAGCCAUCAAAAGUUAAAAUAAGCGACGUCAGCUUCAAGAAUAUUCGAGGAUCGUCAAGAACGCCCACAGCCGAUCAAUUGACAUGCAGCAGCAGCGUACCAUGCAAGAACGUUGAACUUUCUAACGUUAACCUCCGCGGAGCUCAGCCCAAUACAUUUGAUGUCACAAAAUAUGGUGCGAAGGAGGGGUCGGAUAUCACUAAGGCUUUACUGAGUGCGUGGAAGGGGGCUUGUGGAGCAGCGGGUUCCGGCAAAGUCGUGAUACCAAAAGGGAAGUACUCAUUAGGCGUGGUGGAUUUGCUAGGCCCUUGCAAGGGUGCCAUGCAUCUUCAAGUGGAAGGAACGUUGGUGGCGCCAGCAAAAGCUAGCGAGCACCGUAAGAAUAGCUGGGUUACAUUGAAAUACCUGGACCGAUUAACGGUAUCCGGUGGUGGGGCCUUCGACGGACAAGGAGAAAUUGCUUGGCAGCAGAAGAGCUGUGGCGACGGAUGCAAGAAAGCACUUCCAGUUAACCUAAGGUUUGACUUCGUCACCAACAGCAUAGUCAAGGACGUGACUUCCAUAGAUAGCAAGCAGUUCCACAUCAAUCUCCUCGGCAGCAAAAACCUCACCUUCCAGCGGUUUUUGGUGAAAGCGCCGGGGCAUAGUCCCAACACAGAUGGAAUUCACAUUGGACGGUCGGAGCAGAUCAACAUUAUUAAUUCAAACAUUAUCACCGAUGAUGAUUGCAUCUCCAUUGGCCGGGGGAGCAGGCAAGUACGAAUCACAAACGUAAGGUGCGGACAUGGGCAUGGCAUUAGUAUUGGAAGUUUAGGAAAGUACGAGAAGGAAGAACCUGUGUAUGGAAUUUAUGUGAAGAAUUGCAAAAUAUACGACACUGGCAAUGGAGUGAGAAUUAAGACUUGGCCGCUGUAA